AGCUGGGAGGAAUUUACUGCCAGGUCAGAGGGGAAAGUUCAAGCGGUACACUCAACAUGGCAGCGACCAGCAGCUCAGAUAGCAGUAAGCUGGAGUUUGCGGUGCAGAUGAGCUGCGAUAGUUGUGCCAAUGCCAUCAGAAGUGCCCUGGUCGGGGUUAACGGAAUCCACUUGGUGGAUAUCAAUGUGAGUUCAGAGCAGGUGCUCAUCGACACGACACUGACAUCUGGGGAAGUGCAAGCGCUAAUAGAGAGCACAGGGAGACGGGCCGUGCUGAAAGGAAUGGGCCCUACCGCUUUCAAGGACCUGGGUGCUGCUGUAGCGAUGCUGGGCCCAGAGGGCGACAUCAAGGGCGCAGUGCGGUUCCUGCAGCUCUCGGAGAAGCAGUGCCUCAUCGAGGGAACGAUCGAUGGACUGAAACCCGGCCUGCACGGCUUACAUGUGCAUGAAUUCGGGGACCUGACCAGCUCCUGCCUCAGUUGUGGCGACCACUACAACCCAGGAGAGAAUAGGCACGGUGGGCCGGACGACACCGAUCGGCACGUUGGUGACCUGGGAAACAUCCAUGCGAACGAGGCUGGGAGGGCCAACUUCCGAAUUCAGGACAGCCGCCUCAAGGUCUGGGAUAUCAUAGGCCGAUCGGUGGUGGUCGACAGCAGCGAGGAUGACUUGGGCAGAGGUGACCACCCUCUGUCCCGAACCACGGGCAACUCGGGAGACCGUUUGGCCUGUGGAAUUAUCGCUCGCUCCGCCGGACUCUUCCAGAAUCCGAAAAAGAUCUGCUCGUGCGACGGCGUGACCCUGUGGGAGGAGCGAGACCGACCAAUUGCCGGAACGGGCCGCAAGUCAAAGGACCCCCCUGCGGCUAACCUUUGAACUUGCCUGAUCCUAGACGCCUAUGUUUCUGACCAGAUUUGAAUCCGGUGACAGGAAUUUUCUUGAAAAUCGUUUUCUGUCUGUGGGACUGGGGUAAUGAGGAGAAUUUAAUCUCAUGAACCAGAGCAGGCUCUGUUGACUGACUGUUGACCCCUGCUGCGGCCUCUGUCCAGCAGUGGUCAGGCAGGCCUGUCAUGAGAUCUAAGCCUGAGCCUUUCUCUCUACCCUCCUCUGUCUAUUCCAGCUCUCUGUGUUCUCAAUGUUGACCUUAACUCCUUUCUGAUGCCAAGCGGGGGUUGGUGGGGCUGGGGUGCAGCUGUUGGUUGCCCUCCAGCUCAGCCAAGUUAUGCAGCCCUCGAGUUGCCAACUGUGUCUGGGCCUGCGCGUGGAGGCUUUAUCACAUGACCUUCCAUCCCACUAUUUGUCUACGUCCCAGGUGCCCUCUGACGGCCAAUUGGAAAAGGAGCUGACCCUUUGCUAGCUGAUUGGAUCCGAGGUUUGUCAAUCAAAGCAAUUUUCCCCCUCUCGCCAUCCCCACCACACCCAAUUGACCAGUAACGCAGAGGCCUGUGGGCCCACCGAGUUGGGAAAUUUUACCCCUGACCUGUGCGUUUCGAAGGACCAAUGAGCAGCGCUUUGCCAUUUGACCAAAGCCAAGCAAAGGAAGGCUCUCUCCCAUUGGCUGGUGGUGGCAGCAGCGACCUCACUCUACUUUGAGCCUGCACCGGCUGCAGUAUAACUUGCAAGUGGGUUGCCACGGUUACCGGCAAAACCCGUCACUGGCUGCGAAGGGCUUCAGGGUGUCCCUUAGCCCUGAAUGACGCUUUUGGAGUGCAUUUCUUCCUUUCAAAACUGGAACGGCAGACGCUUGCGGAUGGUUUGAGGCUCUUAAGAAACCUUUCCUGCGAUAUUUCUGUCUGAACAGCAAACAAACUGUUCCCCCUUCCAUCUGAACCGUCUCUCCGCCCCCCCCAAAAAAGCAACCUCCCUUUAGGUUGGACUGAGAAUUUAUUUGGUGCCGUUUGAAAUGAUUUAACUUGGAUAUAGGUUGUGAUUAAUCUGCUGUGAUUUACUCAAUUUACCUCAUGGUUUACUGUAUUAGCAACAAUAAAGUUCUGCAAUGACUUAA